AUGGCGAUGAGGCGUCUGCUGCUGACUUUGCUGGCUUAUUGCAGUCUAAAGGUGAGCUGGGCUGUGAGCAUCAAGCCCAACAUGGACAUGCAGUUCACCUUCGUGUUACCUGCCGGCAGCAGAGAGUGCUUCUACCAGAGCACGGAGAAGGACAGCAGCCUGGAGUUUGAAUACCAAGUGAUUAUACUUCCUCUUAAUCUCAUCUGUUUUUCUCUGCUUUACUGUCACACGUUGACCAUGUCGGGAUGCACCAAUGACUACCAAAGUGUCUUCCAGGUGGUCGGGCCACCAAACGUGGACGUGAGCUUUGUCAUGAGGUCGCCCAGCGGCCGCAAAGAAGCCCACGACUACAGGAGAUCUCACGCCGUCCACAAUGUGCCUCAGACCGAGGAAGGAGACUACAAGCUGUGUUUUGACAACAGCUACAGCAGACGGAAGGAAAAGUUGCUGUUCUUUGCCAUCGUCAUCACCACCAGUUCCAACGACACGGACGACUACGAGGACCUGGCAACCGACAUCAUCACACUGGACGACAUGGAGUUAACACUGGACGACAUCAGGACCAAGAUGGAGAAAGUCUACCUGUCCAUCCAGAGGGGUCGCCUGAUCCAGUUGAUGCUGAGGACCUUUGACACCAGGGACGUGCACCUCCAGGAGGACAACCUGUGGAAGGUGACCUUCUGGUCCUUCAUCAGCAUUGUGUGCGUCCUCACUGUGGCUGGAGUCCAGGUCUAUACGCUGCAGUCCUUCUUUUCUAACACCAGGCCCAGAUGACCACCUGCAGGCUUUUCACUUUCUCACUGCAAACAUUCUGUCAAAAUGCAUUUGUCAAAAGAUACGACACAGCCUUGCCUCUUGAAAUCAAUUUAAUUAGUGCUUACCACCCCCAAAUCCCACCAUUUUAACAUUGAACAUGCGUAUUAAACCAACUCUGACGGACAAAAUAGUGAAUAAAAACAAAACACGACAAACAACUGCAGUAGUUUGAUGAAGUCAUGUAACAAUAAUGUACAGUAUUUACCUUGAGAGUGGACUUUUACAGUAUCUUCUUCCAGCUGCUUCUCGGGCAAACACACCAUCAGCAGCAGCUUAGCCAUAGUUUCAUGGAUACAUGUCCACAGUUCAGAUAUUAUUUGAAUGUCUUUGGCUAGCGAUAUUGCUUGAGUACGGUGCAGACUAACAGUCAAAAGUCUUUGGAAACUCAAUAAAUAUCCUUCACACUCACUUUCUUCGUUCCCAUGGUUAGAAAAACAAGGUUAUGUUGAUAUUUUGGAACAAUCUUUCUAGGUUUACUGUGAAAUUGUUUUGAGCAACUAGCAGUUGCAGAUCAAAGCAUAACAAUCAGCCAAGAGACAAGUCGUAUCCUAAAAACAAACUAGAUGAGGCCCUCGCAGUCCCAAGGUACUACUGUAUUGGGGUACUUUAAUGUAUAUUGCAUUAAAAGACGUUUGAAAAAAUAUAUAAUCAUUCAUAGUAUUGGAAUAUUAGUCAAACAAUAGUCUGAGUAUAAGGGGAGAAAAUUAAAUACAGAAAAAAAUGGAGAGUUAAGUCAUAAUUUAGUAAGAAAUAAAUGCUAAUCCUAACUAUAACUAU